AAUUUUUACUGAAGUAUAAUAUACCAAUGGAAAAGCACACAAAUUGUAAUUAUACAACUUGUUGUGUCUAAUUAUGUGCAAAAUGAGCCCACCCGUAUUACCAGCGCCUGGAUCAAGAGGUAGAACGUUACAAGCAACACUGAAGUCACCUCAUAUCUCCUCCCAGGCACUAUUCUCUGAAAGUUCCGGAACCCCAAGGUAUCUCUGCGAGUACGUCUCUGCGACCUCUUGGGCCACCUGCAGCGGAGCGGUGAGCGGGACUGCCAGGAGUUCUACCGGGCCCUGUACAUCCAUGCCCAGCCCCUGCACAGCUGCCUGCCCAGCCGGCACACCCUGCGUAAGUGCGUGUCCCAGUCCCCAGGCCUCGGCAUCUUCUUGUUCAGCCCUUCUCCAGAGACUGCCCUCUGGUUGCAUCUUGUGUGGCCCUCAGAGUAUUUCAGACAAUAUAGAUAUUUCUGUCUCCACGUCUCCCUCUCUCUGUCUCUCUGUCCCUCUGUCCCUCUGUCUCCCUUUUUCUUGUGCCAAUUUGUACACAAAAGGUAGCAUCUCUUGCAUGCAGCUCUGCCUUUCCCUCUGUAAUCUAAUGAAUCUGGGAACCCUUACACUUCUGAUCAGAAAUAGCUCGCAGCUGAAGGCUGUACCAGCCUUGAGUGAACUGACCCCCCCAACCCCCACGACGCAGGUUGCGUCCACUUUUGCCCAGGUAGAUCCUCAUGGCAUGGCUGUUUCUGUAGAACAGUUUCUAACACAGAUGGCUGGUCCAAGACACAUGUGUUUUGGUUUAGAAGGUCUGGCCUGUGGGCCCGGGAGGCUUGUGAGCCCCGAGGGAUCCUCUGAGCUGCCAGGUUGGGUGCAGGGAAGGUACAAGCGGGGAUGGCAGCUCAGUCCUGAGGCCUCUGCACCCAGGUCCCCAGGAGGAGUGGCUACUGUCCCUCAGUCCUCGGAUGAGAGGCUGCAGGCCGGGAGGGAAGAGGUGGCUCAGCUCAGGCCACUCAGCUGGACCUGGGGCCAGUGUCUUUGGCCCCAAGGACAGGCUGGCAGGACUGAGCCCUGAGCGCCAGCAUGGGACGAUCCUGUCACCACAGCUGUCAGGACCCCACAGCCCUGCCUGGAGUCAAGUACCUACCAGGGUGCCCUCAGGGCUGUCUGGCAGCUGGCUGGUUAGGGGGAGCCCCAGUGGGGUCUGGGGAAAGAGAAAGAGCGCCCUGCCCUCACAUCAACAUCAUCAGACUUUGGACAGGCAGGUGUUUGCGCUGUGUUUGGUGCCUUGUGGUUGCCACGGAACAGUGAACCCCCUACUCCAUGGUCCUCAAGUUCUCAUGAAGUGGACAAAAGGAGAAGACACAAAACUGUGCAGGGUUCCCUCCCUGGCGCUGACUCCCCCCAAACACAGCCUGGAGGGCUUAGCGCCGGUACAACCUGAGAAGCCUGGGUGGUCUGGGGGAGGGGGCUCGACAGCCCCCUUGGUUUCCCGAGGGCGGGGCAACCACCUUACCCUCUGGCCCAGCCACGACUAACUGCACCCUGUGAUUUUGU